UUAUGGGUACUCCAUCACUCUGCUAUGGUGAUUCUACUUCUCUAAAUAUCCCAAUAAGCGCAAACACUGAUCAUUCUUUUAUUUCUCAAAAUAAUAGUGCUUAUAUUAAUCCACUUACUGCUUAUGGCAGCCCAGAACAAUCAACGGCUUUUUACUAUCCGGUUGACUCUCUUGGUUGGUGUAAUAAUGAAUGGUCUUCUGUUACUGUUCCUCCCUUAAUGGUAGAGCCUCAACUGUUUGUCUCUCAACAGGAUGAUGGAUCCUCUGUUUCGAGUUCACAAUUAAUACCCAUUCAAUAUCCCCCUGAUAUGUCUAUGGUAUUAGUUGGUAAUUCAAACAGUUCUGGAUUGUUACUUCAACAACAAUUGACUGAUCAUGAAUGUGCUUCCUGUGGGAGAUUGUUUGAUCACUUGGGGAAGGAUGCUUUUGGUUACUCUAUAUGCGAUAAUUGUGCACAGCCUGCCGCAUUACUACAUGCUCAACAACAGCAGUCCUGCCCUUAUAUUAUGGAUCUCGGACCAUGCCCUUCCGCGUCAUUUAUUACCACAUCCGGUGAGGCUUUGUUACACAACAGCAUUCAACAAAAUAUUGGAGGAAUGAUGCAACCCCCACAACCACUACAACAACAACAAUUUUGUUCUGAGUUUUUGCUUCCACAACCUCAACAACACCAACAACCUACUGCAACUCAAUUAUCUCCUCUAAAUUCAGGGAAUUUUCCUACCCUACCUAAAGUUAGGGGAAGAAAGCCGAAUAGUGGGAAAAGAAAUGUGUUGAAAGGAGGUCCAACAAAAACUUUACCAAAACCAGAAAAAAUGGAUGAUAUAUCAGUUAUGGAUGAAUCCAGUUCAGAUUCAAGUGCUUUGAAUUGCCCUCCACCCAUGCCUACACAAAAACGGCAGAAUUUAAUUUGUAGUAAUUGUAAUACUACGAUUACUACGCUUUGGAGAAGAAAUCAUAAUGGGGAACCUGUCUGCAAAAAACGAAAGCCUAGAAAUGGAACUCUGAGCAAAAGAGAAAAGAAAGCACAACAAGUUGCUAAUUUAUUCGAACAAACUCAACAACAACUAAAUGAGUUUAAUUUUAAUGAUAUAAAAUUCAAACAAGAACAACAACAACAUUAUUACCCCUCAUAUUAUGUAAACACAACAAUUGGGGAGAUGAACAUCGAAAAACAAAUAAAACAAGAAGGAGGCGGAGUCCCGACAUCAAUUAAAGUUGUAAGUUUGGAAGAAGAAAACAAUUGA